AUGACGAAGAGACUUGUCUGUCUGAAUAAGGCCCUUGCAGCAGCCCGCCCGGAACCCGCUAAAGCUCAAGUAGAAACUUGCGAACUCCAAUCCCAUUCUUCUGAACCUAAGCAAAACAUCAACCGCGACAGUCAGUUGCGUAGGUGUGAAGGAUGCAGAAACAUGUUUCCUUCAUUUGAUGUGCCUACCAUCAGACUGGGAGACAUUGAUUUUCCUCUAUACUUCUGCCAUACGUGCAGUAUGAUGACUCCAGCCCAACGCGCGCACAAGAAAGCGCGCUACUGGAGCGCCAUCCUCAAGCACUGGCGCCCAGAGCACGACAUGCGAGGCUCAUGCUUCGCAGCACAGGAGGGCAACCCCAUCAAGCUCCUGUGCUGCCUGCACGAGCUCGCGCAGCACUACGCGUGGGCCGAGGUGGCCAGCAUGGUCAACAGCAUAAUCCUCGAGCGUCUGCGCCACGGGCCCGCUCCGUCCGCGCGCGACCGGUACGGCGGCGCGCAGGACUUCUACCGCGUGUACGAGGCCUGCAAGGCCAUGCGGUUCCACGCCGUCGCGCCCGAGCCCGUGCACCCCGACGAGAUGGCCGGCCUGGACUUGGCCUUGGAUUUCUUCGGCCUCGUCGUCCGAGACCCGGGCUCGCGCAUCCCCGAGGUCAUUUGCGAUCGCGCGGGCGCGUGCCCGAAUGUUUUGCCCUGUUGCGAUCGGAUUAUCUUUACCCGCGCCUACCGUACCCGACACGGUUGCAAUGCCUAG